UACUUCCGGUAGGCGUUAAUGACGCGAUCACACAUGUCUGUCUCCACGCGUUGUUGUGGGCAAGAAAAAAAGUAUUUUACGUUAAAAAGGCGUUAGUCUUUUUCUAACAUAUACCGUAUAACAGAAUUAUUAACAUAAUUACAUAUUAAUGCGGGAGAGCGCGUCAUCUGUCUCCUAAAGCCGGUGUAACUGUAAGGACACGUGUUUAUAGUCAUCAUGGGGGAUCAAGUUGAGUUGGUCGCUGGCUGUUAUGAGCAGAUAGUGUUCGGAUAUCGAGUGUGCCCUGGUGACGAGGAGUGGACAAUUGAGCCCAACUUCACCCAUCACGCGCACACAGCAUCACUGACUUCAGUUUCAUCCAGUGAUCAGUUCAUCGCCACUGGAAGCAAAGAUGAAACCAUUCAGCUCUAUGACAUGAGCAAGAAAACUGAACAUGGGGCUUUGUUGCAUCAUGAUGGUACUAUCUCGUGUCUGGAGUUCUACGGCACGUCCCAUUUACUCAGCGGAGGACAAGACGGGCUCAUCUGUGUGUGGAGCACCAAAAAAUGGGAAUGUUUAAAAUCCAUCAAAGCUCAUAAGGGUCAUGUUAAUUCACUGUCCGUACACCCUUCUGGAAAACUCGCGCUCUCUGUCGGAACAGACAAAACUCUGCGAACAUGGAAUCUUAUUGAAGGACGUUCGGCUUUCAUCAAGAAUAUCAAACAGAAUGCAGAGAUCGUCUUGUGGUCACCGGACGGAGAUCAGUAUGCAGUGGUUGUGAACGAUCAAGUGGAUAUUUACGUUCUGAAAUCUGCCACAAUUAUUGGAACCAUUGCGUUUACAAAAAGGAUUUCAUGUGUGAAGUUUCUGAAGAACACACUCUUGGCUGUGGGAGGAGAUGAUGAGAGCGUGCGUAUCUAUGACGUGACCUCACAGAAGUGUGUCUGUGAGUUUAAAGCACAUGAGAACAGAGUAAAAGCCAUUGAUAGCUUCAUGAAGGAUGAUGUUUGUGUCCUUGUUACGGCAUCAAACGAUGGAUUCAUUAAGUUGUGGAAGCUCAAUCUUGAGAACCUGGAGACUCCUUCCCUGCUUGGCCAGGUGAACACCACUGCCAGACUCACCUGUCUCUCCAUUUGGAAACAUGGUGAAGUGAAGGAAACGAUUGCAGAUCAAUCUGCCCAGCCUGAAACUUCUAAAGCUGUUGCGGAGCCCUCGAAGCCAGCCAAAGGUAAAAGAGUGAGGCUACCAGGAGAAGAGGUGAUUCUAGAAGAAAGCAGCUCUACAAAACAAGGAAAAAAGAAGAAAAAAUAAAAAGUGCAAUAAACGGUUUUAUUGAAAUUGUUGGUGGUUUUCUAUUAUUUACAUUUCCUGUCUUUCCUGUCACAUAGCUGAGUGAUUUGCAGUGCAUUUAUUGAUGUCAACACCUUUUGAAUUCAAGCAAAAUGAAUGGAAAAAAAAAUACUCAAUUUUUGUAUUCGUUUUAGUGCUGUCAAAGAGAUUAAUCCUGUCCAAAAUAAAAGUUUAUUUACAUAAUA